AUGUGGAUAAUUGCCCCGAGCACUAGUGGACCUGCAAAGUCUGGACGUCGUGUUCGUUUUUGGAAUAAUAAUGCGGCCUGUUAUAUUAUGUCGACGGUUAAUAUGGUUCCUCUUUGCAAUAUUGGUGCCGAUUCAUAUUUACGCCAACUGGAGAGCAGUGCGAUGCUUGAAAUUGACUACCCUCAAUCGGAUACGAUUCAACAUUCUGGUCCAGGAUUGGCUUCGUCGACUCCAGAAGAACGCUUCGGUUUGGCUGCUCGUUUGACUCUCUGCUUAAAGCAAUUAGGAUAUAAGCGCCAACAUUUGACGAUAUACGUCUGUAUCCACAGUGAUGCUACUACGGGGGAUAUCUUCAAGGCAAUGUUCCAUGUGGAAAUCAUCUGCUCCCUUUCCAGCUUAAGUAAGGAGAUCGGUGACUUCAGGGCCUUCUGGGAAGGAGAUGACGGCAUUGCCUUCCAUGCUUGGACACUUGGUCGCACGAAUCUCUGGUUGGCGAAAAUAAUGCAGGCUUUUGAGAUGAGUGCUUCGGGAGGAAAUGGCGCCAAGUGGGAUCUCUCUGUCCUCCAAUUUGACCCUGGUCCCUGGCGCAUUUAUCGAAAUGUCUACUAUAAUUGA